CUGCCUAAAGGCAAAGCCAAUCCGCGUUCCGGCCAUAAGAUUCUCUCUGCACUUGAAGAAGACCCCAAGACGCCUUCAAUGAUAGAGAUCGACGCUAUCACAGUACCAAAGGAAUACAAAGAAAAUUUCACAGCCUCUGUUCUCGAUCUGGUAAAGGAAAGCUUUCAGUCGAUCGCUGAAGAAGCUGAUCCAGAGGUCGCUUUUAACCGCACACAACAAUUUGUUGCGGCUCGUCAAGGUGGCUCUCUUACCGGAGACUCUUACAAUCAACGUAUCAACACUUCUUCUGACUCUGAAGAGCCGUCUGAUUCAUACGAACACAUUUCAUCGUCAACCUUUACGAUUCAAGAUAGCUCAUACGAUCAAGCAGGAAAUCAAUGUACCACAUACGAAUCAGAAUAUUGUAGUGAUUUUUUGGCUCACUGCGUAGAUAGCACCUUACCCAAAAAUGAAAAAGUUCAACCAAUUGCUCCCAAAACCAAAAGUUCCAAAGAGACGAGCAAAUCUGUCAAACGUGCACGCCGUUAUGUCACUGUAGGUCCUCAAAGCGUAGUUCGUCUAAACAAGUCAAAACAUCUGAAACCCUCAAUUCCUCCUUCACAACCCUUUUUCCAACACUGUGAAGAUCGAGCAUCAGAUGGAGGUGACGAGGAACUCUUUGAUAGUCUUGCUCUAAUACUUGAAGAAUUGACAAACCCACCAAAACAAACGAAAUCAUUUGAUUCAAGAGCUUCAAAACGAUCACUUGAUGUCAAAUGUGAUUCCAAAGGAUCUGGUAAUGUAGAUUGUUAUGAUUAUGAAGAUUCAGACCUUGAACUUGAAGAUUUUUCUGUCAUUCAAUCAGCAAGAAAAGUCCCUAUUGAAACUGUUUCUGGUAGACGAACGAGAUAUUCCGAUUUUUAUCCUCAUAUGUCACGGUUUUAAGAUACAAGUAGUUUUGUACCUCAGUCAUCAAUGUUUUUGUGUAUGUAUAAAUUUUUCAUUUGCUCAUCCAUGUCCGAACAAUCAAAGCACUACGAAGACGAUAUCAGGUAAACUAGUUCACUCCAGAAACUUUUAGAUCUGAAGCGUCAUGUAACGAAAUUGCCUUUUGAUGUAGUUAUCGGAAUCCUGUUGUUAUCAUAAUUGAACACUAAUGUAAAUUAUUUUUUCAAUCCGUCUUUCGAAUAGAUUGUAAUCAAUUUCUUGUAUUUCAAUCCUUUGAACCUCUUGUUAGAUAUCAAUUCCUUCCUUUGACAUCCUGGAGUUGUCACUUUUUUCCAAAUAUAUAUCUGAUGUGUAAGAAUGUUAUCAUACCUUUUUGGCCAGAUAUCAUUCUGUUAUUAUUGUAUGAAUGAGAUUUCAAAGUUUGACACGACC